UUUUACGGCAAAAUGAUAUUUGAUUGUCCAGAGGAAGCGCCCUGGGCCCUGUGGCUACCCUGUCUGGGAAGGGGUAUGAUGGCUGCCCAGAAGAACAAGGCAUCAGCCCUGGCCCCCGGCGUCCUUCAGAGCACACCAGCCCCAAUGACUACUGAGGCAAGGUGGAGUCGCCAGCACAGUGGCCCAGCAGGUGGCUCCAGGAAAAGGUGACAUUCCCUGGAUUGUGCUGAAGACUGACCCUCCAGGCCACUCUGAGGGGGCUGCAUCUGGAGGCCUGGGGGCCUGGGAAGACCCCAGAGAAGCUCCGGUGGAGGCAAAGGACCAGGGGGCCCCCAGAGGGAAGCUGGAGCCUGCAGACUGUAGGAGGGACUGGGGCAGGCCCAGAAGCAUCCAAGAGGGCCUGGUGCCCGUCCCCUUGCCUCUCCACAGGGAGCCUGCCUGCCAGUGCAGUAAGUGCAACAAGACGUUCAACUAGAGUUCCUACCUGCUGCAGCACCAGCGAGUGCACACGGGCGGGAAGCCCUGUGAAUGCCCGGUCUGCCACAGAGCCUUCAACUGGAACUCCAACUUCCUGGAGCACCAGUAUGCACACAGGCGCGCGGCCCCACACCUGCCCAGCCUGGGGCAAGGCCUUCAGCCAGAACUUCGACCUGGCCGAGCCCCUGAAGAUACAUGGGGUCGCGCAGCUACACGCCUGUCCCGACUGGGUCAAGGCCUUCCUGCACGUGGCCGGCCUGUGGCAACACCAGCGCACACAAUGGCAAGAGGCCCUUUGAGUGCACCCAGUGCAGCCAGGCCUUCGUCGUGGGCUCCAGCCUGGCCGAGCACAGGUGCAGGCAGACAGGUCCAGUCAGCCAGUGUCAUCCAUAUAGUGGCAAUGGCGUGUGGGUGUGAUGUUCUGUGGGAAGUUGGGUUGAUCAAGAUCUCGACAGAGAUUGUGACAGACAAUAAGAAAGUUGAGUGAACAGCCCUGAGGCAAGCCGUGAAGGUGUGCUGUUGUCCCGCGAAAAUGAGAUCGGACUCCAAAUCCAUGGUGGAUCACACAGCACAGAAUUAAUCAACAAAGGAGAACCAACUAACAGCUCCUGGAAAGAGCCAGGACGCACCUCCAGGAAGACCACAUAACCUCCAUUGUAGAAUAUCCAGACACAGGGGCACCUUGGUGACUCAGUUGGUUAAGCAUCUGACUUCGCCUCAGGUCAUGAUCUCACAGUUCUUGAGUUCGAACCCAGCCUCUGGUGAGCUUGAGCCCACUUCGAGUAAACGCAGGCCCCGCUUCAGGUCUCUUGCUGAGCCCAGCGACGACGGAGGCGGCAGUAGCAUUCCAGACCCAGCCAGACCUGUGGGCAGAGGUUGAAUCGCUGCUGGAACCCUGGGCCAAUGUGACACUGACUUGCCAUGCCUGUCUGGAGACCAUGGAUUUUGAGCUGUUCAAGGAUGGGGUAACCCAGGAACUUGUGCACCUUGGUUUACCUGCUAUGGAGUACCAGUUCCCCCUAGGACCAGUGACAAGUGACACCCAGGGCCUGUACCGCUGCCGCUCUGGCUUGAGCAGCGGAUGGACCCAGCUGAGCAAUCUCCUGGAGGUGACUGGGGCAGAGACCCUGCCCCCGCCUGUGCUCUCAACGGAGCCCGUGUCCUGGAUCACACCUGGCCUGGAGACAAAACUGCUGUGCCGUGGGGGAUUUCGGGGUGUCACCUUCCUGCUGAGGCUGGAAGGCGAUGACCAGUUUUUGGAGGUGUUUGAGGCCCCUACAGGCGUGGAGGCCACCUUCCCAGUCCGUCGGCCUGGCAACUACAGCUGCAGCUACCGCACCCAUGCAGCAGGUGCACCCUCUGAGCCCAGUGCUACUGUGACAGUUGAAGAGCUGGGCGCACCGUUGCCGCCCACGCUGAGUCUCCAGGGAGCGUCUGCAGCCGCCGUCCUGCACCCGGGUGCCCGCACGACCUUGGUCUGCGUGGCGCCCCUAAGCGGCGUGCACUUCCAGCUGAGGCGGGGCGAGGAGGUGCUGCAAGUACCCAUGAGCUCCACCAGCCCAGACCGCGUCUUCUUUCACCUGAACGCGGUGGCUCUGGGCGACGGCGGUCUCUACACCUGCCGCUAUCAGCUGCGUGGCCAGCAAACCUGGUCCUUGGACAGUGCGCCCGCCGAGCUGCUGCUGAGCGACGAGACGCUCCCCGCGCCGGAGCUCUCGGCCGAACCCGCGACUCCGCGGCCGGCGCCCGGCGCGUCCCUGCAGCUGCGGUGCCGCGCGCCCCGGCCCGGCCUGCGCUUCGCCCUGGUGCGCGAGGACGCCGGCCAGCGCCGGGUGCACCGAGUCCUGAGCCCCGCGGGCACCGAGGCCCACUUCGAGCUGCGCGACGUCUCGGCCGCGGACUCGGCCAACUACAGCUGCGUCUACGUGGACACUGAGCCCCCCUUCGCGGGCUCGGCGCCCAGCGCGCCCUUGGAGCUGCGCGUGGAGGGGCCCCCUCCCAGGCCCCAGCUCCGGCCCCUGUGGCGCGGGGCGGUGACUCCGGGCCGCGACGCCGUCCUGCGCUGCGAAGGCCAGGUGCCGGACGUCACGUUCGAGCUGCUGCGGGCAGGUGAAAAGGAGGCUUCGACCCAGACCCAGACCGCCCACCGCUCAGCGGACCUUGUGCUGACCUACGUGGGGCCGCAGCACGUGGGCAACUACAGCUGCCGGUACCGCAGGUCGUGGCCCAAAGUCUUGGUGUCGGAGUUCAGCGAGCCGGUGGAGCUCCAGGUGGCAGGAAGUUGAUGCAGCUGCAGACUCAGGAUGUUAAUGGUAUUCUUGGCGAGUAUUUUCUCCCUCUGGCACUGAUCCCUCAUGCUGCAGCUGGAGGCUGGACUCACCCCGGGGGUGCUGGAGGACUGUCCCUCAUUCCUCCUGGGAAUCAAUAAAUGCGAAGAGAGACUUUAA